AUGAACUCGACGUUGGACUCUGCCGCCGCUUUCCAUGCUAGAGCGCUCGAGGUGGGCCUUGAGCCUGCGUUUCUAAAGCUCUUGGAGGAUGGCGGGGUGACCACCAUGGGCACGCUUGCUUUCAUCUCACCUUAUCAGGUGGGACAUUCGGACGAGUCACCACUGAUCGAUGCCCUGAAAACGGUGGUGAAGCGAGAUUUGACACCCAAGGAGCUCUUCGUGACGAGGCGUCUCUGGUACGAGGCGUCGACCACUGCCAUGGGCGAACUUCGCCAGAAGGUGGAGCGCAGCGAUUCAACAGAACCAGUUCGCCUCGCGAUUGCAGAGCGGACCACUCGUCUGGAAGAGCAGCGGAAGAGACUCAACGGCGUCCACUUCUCCAGUGACAGUGAGCCCAGCUACAAGGUCACGGACCUCGUCUUCCAGCAGGGGACGGAUCAGCAGCUGAUUUGGCUCCCUUGGGAAAAAUACACAAGCCGUGCUCAAGAGAUCGUCUCGAACAAGGCCGACUUGUCGAUCAGCUUCGACAACAGCGGCAGCUUGCGCCUUAACAAGAAGCUUCAGGAGGCUCACUGUUCCCUGAAUGGUGAACUUCAGGUGCGCCAGGCGCUCCAGCGUCGAUCUCUUUGUUAUGACUUGGCCCAGCUGUGUUCGUUCAGUGAGAUGGAAGCAUACCAUGAGGAGAUGUUUUCGCUACUCUCCCGCCCGCCUGCCCCCGGGCGGUUGUGCAUUUCCAUGGGUCAGGUGAGAGAAGCAGACAAGGUCCUUUUCCUCAAGAUCGCGGAGGCGACGCGCGGUGCACUCAGCCAGCGGCCUGAUGGCUCCAAGCCAAUGGAGCAGCAACUUAAAGCCCUUAAGACUCACCCUCAGGUGCAGUUUUGUGUCAUCCCUGGUAGCGCCCCCGAGCAUGCGCCCCGGGUCUCGCCGUACGAACUCUGGGGUAAAGGUCCGAAGGGCAAGGGGGGUAAGGAAGGCAAAGGUCCCAAAGGCGGCCGCGGUAAGGGCCUGGCGGUGUUUCUGCCUGCGCGAGUGAAGCUUUCAGCUGAGUGCGCGGGCCCGCCGCUGCAGACAGGUGACUUGUGUACCAAGGCUUCCUUCUCGGUUCAGGACAUUUUGGCGUUUUUCCAUGCAAUCCCGGGUGACCCUUUGCCGGAGGGUAAGCUUGCAGACAGCGGGCGUUGCUUCACCACGGGUUCUUUUGUUCGGGGCCCUCUAGUCGGUUUACGGGUGAAUAGCCGUUUGUAUCCUGACUUCAGCCGUGCCCUGUGCACCUUUGUCAAUGCCGAGGCGCCCCAGGAUUUCUUGUAUAGUGCCAUUGCGAUUUUCGAGAAUCUUCAGGUCGGCCGCCACAGAGAUACCAAUAAUUUCCCGAAUUCACUAAAUUUCGUUUAUCCGCUUUCUGACUUCACAGGGGGCUCCAUCCUGUGCUACUCCACAGCUUCCGUCGGCCCCAAACGCCUCACCUUUGAGGGCGGUCCAGUUCUCUUCGAUGCCAGGGCGUUUGAACAUGAGGUCGAGGCUUGGUCGGGCGAGCGAGCAGUGCUGGUGGCUUUCAGCACCCGCGGGGUCCAAGCGCUGCCUGCGAUGGAUCGUGCUUUCCUCAAAGAUCUAGGUUUCAGGCUUCCUUGGUCUGGGGCGAGCAACCUUCAUCUCCAGUCUGAUUUCGACUGGUGUGUGUCCGAGGUUGACAGCUCGAGCCCAGGUGCCGGGUGUCCUCUAGUUGCGUCUGGGGGGCGUGUGCUCGAGCCUACGCCCGUUUUCCCGCCGGAGCCUCCAGCAGGGGUUAGUGCGCCUGCCCCCAGCUCCUCGUGCCCGCUUUUCGUGGAGGUUUUUGCAGGUUGCGCUAGGCUUAGUGCUGAGUUCGCUGCUGCGGGUUUCCAUGUGCUGGCCGUUGAUGGCCCCCAUAACAAACAUAAGCCCUUGCACCAGGUGUGGACCCUCGACUUGACGCUCAAGACGUGCCAGGAGCUUCUGGUCCAGCGGCUUCUGGCCUCAGAUGUCCUCUUGAUUCAUGUCGGUUUGCCCUGCGGAACGGGCUCCCGGGCCCGCGAGCGACCGUUGCCAGAACACGUCUUGGCCUCCGGGGUUGAACAGCCCAGACCGUUGCGUUCAUCCGAUCAUGUUCUAGGCGUGCCAAAUCUCUCGCCCAAAGAGGCGGCCAAAGUGGAAGCCGCAAACAGCCUGGCAGCGUUCACCAUCAAGUUGCUUGCCUUAGCCCGCGACAAUGCGUGGCACAUCUCCAUCGAAAAUCCGGUCAGGAGUUGGAUGUGGGCGGUUCUUGCGAAGUUUGUGCUCGACCAGAAAUCACCAGGGCUUGCAUCGUUCUACAGCGACCUGCAUCAUGUCGACUAUGCGCAGUGCAUGCUUGGCGGUCAGAGAGCCAAAAUGUCUCGCCUGCUCACUUCCUUGGAUGCCUUGUGCCCGUUGGCCUGUGAGUGUGAUGGCCAGCACAAACACCUGCCCUUCGCGCUUACCAGGGUCAGCAACCGCUGGCAGUUUGACACAGCCUUGGAGGCAGAGUAUCCCCUUGCACUCUGCCAGAAAUUCUGUUCCUUGGUCAAAGCAACUCUGCCCCUUCAGCCCCGGCCUUUGCCGCGCCCAACGGAGUUUCAGUCGUCCCGGCCUUCCCAGGGCGAGUUUCGCGAGCUUGUUCAGGAAAGGGGUGCUGGAGGAAGUCGCUCAACUUUUGGGGUUUUUCACACCAAGCACGAGUUUACCCAAAAAGCGCUGGCGCUGGACCACCCGUUUGACAAUGCGUCUGCCAUUGAUGACAACACCAGGCGCAACAUCUUCGAUCUCCUCACCGAGGGCCUCAGCUCGGUUGCUCAGAAGAGGAUCGAUGCAGGCAAGAGGGUGAGACAGAUGGCCCAAGAACUUGCAGUUGAGGAAGCCAGGUUCCAGGCAACCCUUCCAUCGCAUGCUCAGAAGGUGCUCAAAGGGAAGUGUGUUCUUGUGUGGCGCCAGCUGCUUAAGGAGACCAAUUUUCCCGACUUAUCAGUUGGGGAGUUGAUGGAAGGGGUGGACCUCGUAGGACGCCCUACUAAGUCCCAGCUCUACCCGUGGAAAGAAGUCCCCGCGACAAGCUCUCCUCAAGAUCUGUUGGACUCGGCCGUGUGGAGAGAGCCGAUGCUAAAGAAGGGCGUUGACCCUGAUGAUCCGCAAAGCGACCUGGUGGAGAAACUGUGGGACUGCACCCUUCAGGAGGUGCAGCGGGGCUUCUUGAGAGGACCGUUUGCGUCCGCUGACCAGGUGCGAUCCGAGCUUGGAGAAGAAGUCUUCUGCUCCACCCGUAGGUUCCUGGUGAUCCAAGGGGGCCCCGAAAAUCCAAAAUACCGCCCGAUUGAUGAUUUCAAAGAGAGCGGUGUAAACUCGGCAUAUCAUGCCCUAGAUCAUCUCCGCCUGCAUGACGUCGACUUCUUUGUGACUCUCUGUCGUUUUAUCUGCUCUUCGAUCAGUGAGCAAGGAACAGUCGCCGUCAGGCUGGGGAGUGGACAGUUGCUUGAAGGGAAGGCCAGUCAGGACUUUGGACGAAACUGCAAAUGGGUAGGGCGCUGCCUGGAUCUUGAAAAGGCCUAUAAACAAGUACCAUUGAGUGCGGGCAGCCUCAAGUUCGCAGUCCUGCUGGUGCGUGAGCCCUCUUCCGGGCUGUACCGAUACUUCAUCAGCAACAGCUUACCUUUCGGUGCAUGCGCAGCGGUUUUCAGCUUCAACCGCGUCAGUCGCAGCCUGCUGCAUCUGACGACUUGCCUGCUCGGGGUCAUAGGCGGUGUUUUCUACGACGAUUUCCCGAUGAUCGAACCUAGUUUAACCGCCAGGCUCUGUUCCCUGUCCGUCGAGUCGCUGCUGGACACCCUCGGGUGGAAGUACUCCCGGGAUGCAGAAAAGGACCGGCCGUUCGCGAGCACUUUCAAUUUGUUAGGGGUUCAGUUGUCCUUGGGUGCAUUUCAUCUUGGCAACAUCGAGCUCCAGAACAAGCCAGGGCGUGUGUCGAAGAUGCUGAGCCUCGCCCGAGGCUUCGCAGAAAGUGGGGUUCUCUCAUACGCUGAGGCCCUCUCCUUGCAAGGUCAGCUUAACUUCAUGGUAGGGUUCGCUGCUGGGAGGUCUCUUAAGUUAGUGAGCAGGGCUUUGUCCAACCUGGUCCAUGGCAGCCGAAAGUGGAGCGCCGAGGAGGUCCGAGCCUUGGGAGUGUAUCUGGUCGGCUGCUUGGAGAGGCUUGCGCCCAGGGUUCUGUGUCUUAGGGUUAAGUGUUGCCCCCUGGUUGUUUUCACCGAUGCUGCCUACGAGGGUGGGGUAGCAACCUGGGGUUUGGUUCUGAUCGACCCGGCUUCAGGAAGGCGUGAAGUUGCGGGUGGUUGCAUUCCGUCGCAGCUCGUUGAUCUAUGGCAUCUGGACGCAAAGGACCAGGUGAUCUCACAGGCCGAGGCCUUCGCUAUGGUUCUUGCCAGAACAUACAUAGCUUCCUUCGCCAAAGGUCGCCGUACCUUCUUUUUCGUAGACAACGAGGCAGCACGAUACUCCAUGAUUCGGGGGAGCAGCCCUUCGCGCUCGAUGCUCGUGUUGGCACACUCCUUCUACGCUUCAGAGGAGGUGGACAGGUUGAUUGCUUGGAUUGAGCGCGUGCCUUCACUUCGAACAUCGCAGACCUGCCGAGUCGCGGGGAGGCAUCCGCAGCUGCAAGCAUGA